AUUCCCACGUCCUCGAGCCAGGUUUUCUAACGUGCCCCAUUUAUUGUUAAUCUUUGAAUGGGAACGCAGGUUGUGGCGGCAUCGAACCGUUCAGAGCUCAGUUUACUUCUUGUACUCCUCUUGUUUCUCACCAGGUUGUUUUCUGGAGCAGAAAUUGUAGAUCUCAGUUACUUAGUGUCACGUUUGGAAAGAGAGAAGGAUCUGCGACGUACAGUGGAAGGCAUCGGGUCUCUCUUUGCCCGGGAAUGCAUAUUUAUUUUUGAGUUAGUAAUUAAUAACGUGCACAAGUGUUGUGAAAAGUGUACUUUGGGAACAAUGCUGUAGUGAGGACGUGUGGGAAUAAUUAGUUUACUUGUUUCUGAGAGCAGAAUAUCGCGUUGAGUAAUUUUUAAAUUGGUGUUGGCAUCAGAUUACAUGUAGUGACAUAACAGGAAGACUUGCUAAGUCAAAACACAAUGAGCAGUUACUGGGGUCUAAACAAGCACGGCAGAUCACAAUACUGCAGACACUUCUUAGCGGACAAUGGUACAUUUCAUGUUGAAAGAUGCAUGAGUGUGAUGCAAUCGGGGACUCAGAUGAUCAAACUGAAAAGUGGGACAAAGGGACUGGUCCGCCUCUUUUACCUGGAUGAACACAGGACCUGCAUCAGAUGGAGGCCAUCUCGGAAAAGUGAAAAGGCCAAAAUUGUGAUUGAUUCAAUAUAUAAAGUCACAGAGGGCCGUCAGUCUGACAUUUUCCAUCGCCAUGCGGAAGGGAACUUUGAUCCAAGCUGUUGUUUUACAAUCUACCAUGGGAACCAUAUGGACUCUCUUGAUUUGAUAACCUCUAAUCCAGAAGAGGCUCGCACAUGGAUUACUGGACUUAAAUAUUUGAUGGCUGGGAUCAGUGAUGAAGACUCACUUGCGAAAAGACAAAGAACUCACGAUCAUUGGAUGAAACAGACCUUUGAAGAAGCCGAUAAGAAUGGAGAUGGUUUGUUAAAUAUCGAUGAAAUCUACCAUCUACUGCACAAACUUAAUGUUAAUCUACCCCGAAGAAAAGUCCGUCAGAUGUUUCAGGAAGCAGAUACAGAUGAAAAUCAAGGAACACUUACCUUUGAAGAGUUCUGCGUUUUCUACAAGAUGAUGUCAUUAAGAAGAGAUCUUUACCUGUUACUUAUGAGCUACAGUAACAAGAAAGACCAUCUCACUGUUGAAGAGAUUGCCAAUUUUUUAAAGACAGAGCAAAAGAUGACUAAUGUGACAACUGAAUACUGUCUGGACAUAGUAAGGAAAUUUGAAGUUUCUGAGGAGAACAAGGAGAGGGUUGUCCUAGGAAUAGAUGGUUUCACUAAUUUUAUGCGUAGUCCUGCAUGUGAUAUCUUUAGUCCUUUGCACUAUGAAGUGAACCAGGAUAUGGACCAGCCUCUAUGUAACUACUACAUUGCAUCAUCACACAACACGUACCUGACAGGAGAUCAGCUACUGUCCCAGUCAAAGACAGAAAUGUACACUUGGGUCCUACAAGAUGGCUGUCGUUGCAUAGAAGUUGACUGCUGGGAUGGCCCAGAUGGAGAACCUGUAGUGCAACAUGGCUACACCCUUACCUCAAAAAUACUGCUAAAAGACGUCAUUGACACAAUCAACAAGUAUGCCUUUGUCAAGAAUGAGUACCCCGUGAUAAUAUCUAUUGAGAAUCACUGCAGUAUAAAUCAGCAGAAGAAAAUUGCUAAGUACUUGAAAGAUAUAUUGGGUGACAAACUGGACUUAUCUAAUGUACAACUUGGAGAAAGCAAACAACUUCCUAGUCCACAGAGUCUGAAAGGAAAGAUUCUUAUCAAGGGUAAGAAACUACCACAUCACCUUGGAGCAGAUGCUGAGGAAGGAGAUGUUUCUGAUGAAGACAGUGCUGAUGAAAUUGAAGAUGACUGCAAAUUAAAGAACAGCAAUAGCAGUGACACAAAUGAGCAUCAGGUGGAAUCAUUUAUAAAGAAGAAACUGGAAUCUUUGCUGAAGGAGGCACAAAUCAGGGACAAAGAAGACCCUGACAGCUAUACUAUUCGAGCAUUAUUAAGAGCAACACAUGAGGGAUUAAAUGUAAACCUAAAACAGAAUACAGAUGCAAAAGGAAGUGGGAAGAAGUCACAUAACCGAACUUUGAUGGGCAAUUUUUCAAAACAUAAGAAAGGUGGAAAAUCUAGGAGCAAAUCGCACAGCACAGAUGAUGAUGAGGAAGGGCAAGAAACAGGGCAGAUGCACAGAAUAGGACGUCGUGGAAAAACCAUGAAGCUUUGUCGAGAACUGUCUGACCUUGUGAUGUACACAAACUCUGUGGCAGCGCAGGAUGUUGUUGAUGAUGGGACUACAGGAAAUGUGUUAUCAUUUUGUGAGACCAAAGCCCACGGCCUAGUCCACCAGAAACCAGAGCAAUUUAUCGUGUAUAACCAAAAACAGCUUAUACGGUUGUAUCCUUCUGCAUACAGGAUAGAUUCUAGCAACUUUAAUCCCCAAGAAUACUGGAAUGUAGGCUGUCAGUUAGUGGCACUAAACUACCAAACAGAGGGUCGUAUGAUGCAGUUAAAUCGAGCAAAAUUUUUGCAGAACGGAAAUUGUGGAUAUGUGCUUAAACCUCCACAGCUAUGCAAAGGUGUAGUUAACCCAUAUUGUGAUGACCCGUUUCCUGCAAAUCCAAAGAAACAGCUAGUUCUGAAAAUUAUUAGUGGACAGCAGUUGCCAAAACCUCCUGACUCAAUGCUGGGUGACAGAGGAGAGAUAAUUGACCCUUUCGUUGAAGUUGAAAUCAUCGGUUUUCCAGUCGAUUGUUGUAAAGAGCAAACCAGAGUAGUUGAUGAUAAUGGAUUUAAUCCUGUUUGGGAGGAAGUUCUUACUUUCACUAUUCAUAUGCCAGAACUAGCUUUAGUUCGAUUUCUUGUUUGGGACCACGAUCCAAUUGGUCGGGAUUUUGUGGGACAGAGAACUGUAGCUUUUUCUAGUCUUAUGCCUGGGUACCGCCAUGUUUACCUUGAGGGCCUCACUGAAGCAUCUAUAUUUGUUCAUGUAACAAUUCAUGACAUUUAUGGAAAGUGGAGCCCUUUAAUCCUCAAUCCAAGUUAUACUAUAUUGCACUUACUAGGAGCUACAAAGAAUAGGCAGCUCAUGGGUCUUAAAGGGCUUUUUAACAAAACUCCUAAGCACUACUCCACAGAGAGCAGCAGUAGUGGUUAUGGUGUGCGGAAGCGGUCAUUUGGUGAUCGUAUUUUGCGUCGCUCAGCCAGUGCGCCAGCAAAAGGAAGGAAAAAGAGUAAGAUUGGCUUUCAAGAAAUUACUGGAGAAGCAAAAGAAGGUACAUCAGACUGCAAUAAUACAGACAAAGAAUGUGUUAUUAAAAGGGAAUCCAAAAGCCUGGUUAUACGACCCGUUUCUGUGCCAGUUGAUAGACUACUGGUCAGUGGUCUAACACCACUUGCACUGGACAGUGUUAAUGAUACCAAAGGAAAUGAGAGUAACUCGGGACAAAAAGAAGAUGAUAGGCCCUUGAAGGAAGACUGUGCAGAAGGAAUGUGUUCAGCACCUGUGGACUUUUUAACAUCUAACCAGCCUCUUUCUGAAGCAUCAAGCCAAGACACCCACACUUACAUGAAUUACCUGCAGGGAAUGGCUGUAGAUGAACAAAUCAGAGAGACAGAGUCUUCCUGUUUUAAAAUUGAAGGCGGUUGUAAUACAGAACACUCCAGGACCCAGAUUGCUGUGGCACCCGGAAACAUGCCAAAGAGGGUCUGUAUAGAGCAGGACAAGGAAACAACCCAAGAAAGAGUGCAGAAACAAGAGAAGGAAGACAAUACUGGAGGUAAGGAAGAACAUAGUUGUCAACAUUCAGAAAGAGUGACACAGAAUGGGAACCCUGAUUCAUUACAGUACUGUUUUGAUGAGAAUAAUACGCUAAGUCCUAAUGAUUCACCAAUAAAUAUGCCUUCCCCAGUUAGCACAGGUAGCCACAUUAUUAAUGGAGAUCUGUCCAUGCAUGACAGUACAAUUUCACAUCUAAUUGAGGCUGUAUCCCUAACAAAUGAUAGUGAUUUAGGCAGUUCUGUUUCGGCUUUGAUCAGUCAGUUUGAAGAGACUGGUGAUGGUACCAGUCUGACCAUUGUAUCAAGUUUGCAUGGGCUAAGCAGUCACACAUUUAGCUUAAUGUCGGGGUAUUCUUGCAUUACUACAUCUGAAAAGAGCACACACCCAAAUUCUCUGUUCCCUUGUGUAGAAUUAAAGGAGGAAUCAUCACCAGAUGUGUCAGCUGACACAACAGUGUUUUCUAGUCCAGAGACGUUGGAUAAUUCUGCAUUUACCAUAAUACAUGAAGAGCCAUUGUCCACAGCUUCUGUAUAUAACCUAAGAGACAGGACUGUACAUUAUGCUGUAAUGAAUUCUGGAGAGAGUAGCUUUGUAUCAUCUACCUGCUCAUCUCCUGUGCUUUCAGGUACUACCCUGAGUCUAAGCAACGAGACACACUGGAAUCAAUUACAAGCCUUUAAGAUGCCAAGUAUUGCCACUUCUGCUGACCUGGCUUCUGAUGAUAAAUAUUCUAAUCCUAUUUCUGUAGACUCUGAUGGUAGCAGCUUAACAGAAGCUGUUGAUUUUCAUGACACCCCACUUUCUGAGCAGGGCUGUAGCAAAACAGAUUACAUAGACUCAAUAUUUCCAAACUCCUUGAACUGUACAGAUAUCAGUCAUCAAAAUGCCAAAUGCUUCAGAAGCUGUAGUUGUUUAUUUUCUGAAAUUGACAGAUCCAUUAGUGACACUCCGAUUGUUUUAUCCACAGAUGAAAAACUUUGUACAGCAUCCAGUCAGUGUACUGAAAAGAUGUAUCACAAUGGCUUCCAGACUGUAGAUGCAGACAGUGAGCGGCUGAGAAUUUCUCAGCAGCUUCCUCGUGAUGAAAUGUAUGCAGUCAGUAACACAUCAUCAACAAACUUUCAUUCUGUAUCUGUUGUCAAACAGCCCAGCCCCUGCAAGUCGAAGAGUCUUGGAGAUCUGACAUAUGAGGAUAUUUCAUGCAAUUUUCAGAGCAAGUAUAAGUAUAUAAAUAAGAGUUUUAAAGUAACUGGUGUGCAAGACAAAAGAAUAGUUCCAGUAACACCCCAGGGACAUUACUCUUCAGACCAUCUGACAGAGCAGCUACGAAGACUUGUUUCCUUUGAACAGGAAGAUGACAGUCCUGUAAAAAGCAUGACUCACAAUGACAGUGGUAACUUACAGGGAAUAGACAGGAAACUGUCUUCAAGAAGCCAAAGUAGGGUGAGAAACAUUGCAACGAGAGCGAGAGAGAGACAAGAGGCCAACAAGCAGAAACUGUCCAACUGCAGUGUUGCCCCUGGUGUCAUCAUUAGAAAGAAACCUCCAGCACAUUACAGUGCAAACAGACAUUCCACUGGUUCUUACAUAGCUGGCUAUCUUGAUCACCUUAACAGCGAAGAACUAAAUGAUCGGGGCAUACCUGAAGGGGCUUGCAGUUCUUUGCACUGUGGACAAAAUGAUCACUUUUAUACUGAUGAUUCUGUUUUUCAGACAGAGUCUAGCCCUACCAGUGAGGCAGAAAUUUAUUUUCUUCUCAGACUCUAAACUUGUAUAUAUAUAUAUCCCUUUGAAUUGUGUUCAUUUAUGUUUUAACCUUUUUUAAGAAAUUAUAGAAACUAGCAUUCUCUGGUUUUAAUAAUUGUAAGAAUGCAUUUUAAUUGACCUUCUCUUCCUCACGAUUGCUUUCUUCUUUUGAAAGACAGUGUAAAUAAUUUCUUUAGGGAAAAUAUUUGGUAUCUUAACUGACCGUGUAUUCUUUGCAUGCAGCUGACAUGUUUACUAAAAACAACUUGAAUUUGCAAUGCAUGUACAUUUUAAUGACAUCAUUCUGUAUAUUUGCACACACAGAAUGUUGCAUUAGAUGCAAUAAAUACCACCAUUUCUUUAAA